UCUUUGUUCCCUUCUUCCUCUCGUUGUUUGCAGAGAACUAGCCUCUUCCUUUUGCUAGAGAAACUCAAACCUUUAGAAGUGAAAAAAAAGAGAAGAAAAUCCAUCUUUGUAUUAAUUUCUUCAUUAGAACUCAUCAAGCUUAAGGGAAAGCUUGAAGACUUUGUUGAAAAACAACUGAGAAACCAGAUUAAUUUCUUCAUUAGGGUAUUUGGAGACACAGCAGCAAGAAAUGGCUUUCCGUAGUAAAGGUCUUGGUGUAUUGAGGCAGAGCAUCUCCGGGAACGUACAAUCACCAAUGACAUCUAUGCUGAAUUCUGUUCGAUGCAUAUCAUCCAGGCUGUUUGUGGGAGGCCUUUCGUAUGCGACUGAUGACCAGUCUCUUAGAAAUGCGUUUUCUGGAUACGGUGAUGUUAUUGAAGCAAAGGUUGCAUGUGAUGAAGUCACCGGGAAUUCGAAGGGUUUCGGUUUUGUUACCUUUAACAAUCUAGAUUCUGCCUCCUCAGCAGUGUCUUCCAUGGAUCGUCAGGAAUUACAAGGGCGAAAAGUCCAUGUAAGAUAUGCCUAUGAACGCGGUGGUCCUUACACCUUUGGUGGUGCUUCUAUAUUUGGUGGUCGUGAUGGUGGCUAUAAUCUAGAGAAUCCCAACUUUUAAGCUGUUUGUACGACGUCCUCGGAUCAGUUUCUGACUUUAUUACUUGAUUGAGGUUGCAUGGUUACUUUGUUAAAGGAAUUAGUUAUAUUCUAGAGUAUCAUGUCCUGUGUACUCGUGGCAAGCUUGCACAGGCUACUCUGAGUCUCUGACUUCUAGUUAUAUUUGCCAUAAGCAAAAAGUUUUGAUUA